CAUAUGUAUUUUAAGAAUAACAAAAGAUAAACAUAUGUAAUUUAAGAAUAACGAAAGAUAAACAUAUGUUAAGAAUAAAAAAAGAUUAACAUGUUUUUCCCAACACAGCAAACAAAGAAACUAAUAUACAAAUCGUGUAUCUAAAACAGUAAGAUGAGGUAUAAGUAUAAAUACGACUGUUAAAUAUGUUGGCAGUCAGUCCCGUAUUAACAUAGUGUUAAGAACUACCCGAAAAUUAAAUUCAUAGAAAUAAAUUUUAAUAUUUUUCCACAGACAAGCAAGUCUCUAACUAUCAACCAAAUCUUUAAGGCCGGCGGGCCAAUUAGAUGUCCUAAAUUCAGUAGUUUUCGCGAAGCGUUGUAGGAUGAGAAAAAAAACAAUUAGCCAAAUGAAGUUUUGGGGAUAGUUUAAUAUAUAAUAUAUUUGAACUAAAAAAAAAAAAUUGUACAAUCUCCAACUAUAUAUUGUAAGCCGAGUUAUCAAUAGAUUCCCAGAGCGCCUGUAUCCAACUUCUGUACAAGAUACAACUUGCAAUUUUCAUCUGAAAACAAAAAAAAAAAAAAUUAUUAAUUUUGAUGUAAUUAUCUUCAAUGUGAACUUAAACCGUUGAGACUUUAUAACUCAAGAACGGGCUCACCUAUCCAAACCAAAUUUUUAGGCUUUGUUUAGACUAUUCAGUAGAUGGUUUGUGUUUUAAAAUUUUAAGAAUCGGAUAUCAGAGUCUCGAGAAAUAGGCCAAAACGUGAACCCGGGUAACCCUAGGAUGUGUUUGUACAAUAUGGGUAGCAAAUGGUAGCUGCUGAUGAUUCUAUAGUAUAGAGUAUUUUUGAUGCCGCUCCGUGACUAGGGUCUCGAGAUAUCGGCCAAAAUGUGGUGUUCGUGCAAUAUGGGUAGCAAAUGGGAGCUGUUGAUGAUUGCUAUAGUAUAGAGUAUUUUUAAUGCCCCUCCGUAACUAGGGUCUCGAGAUAUAGACCAAAACGUGGACCUGGAUAACCCUAGGAUGUGUUUGAACCACAUGAGUAUCCAUUGUAAGUUGUUGAUAAAUGCUAAUGAAAAGAGGACUUUUCGCUGGGUAACUAAGGACUCCAGAUAUAGACCAAUUUGGGAACUCACCUUUAGGUUAAGAGAUUGCAUUCUUAUGUACUACAACCAGUUAAAAUGGUAUAUUCAAUCACUUAACAAUAUAUUCUUUUUACCUGAAGGCGAGUUCCCAAUUGCAAAAUCAGAAACAGAGAAUCGGCCGUUGGAAUGUAUCAAACAACUUUUUUAUUGUACUUACCUUUCUACUUACACUCAUUUCGAUGUAAGAAUAAGCACAAAGUAUUUUUAUUUGAGAAUGGCACAUUUUGUUCGUGCUUACAUUUUGUGUGAAGAGAUAUGUGCACGUAGACAAAAAUGUUAAUCAGCAUGUUAAAAACAAAUCAAAACAAACCUCAUUACUUAUUUCCUUCAUUGUAAACGUUUCAAAAAUUUCACCACACAUAUGUUACAUAUUUUUUUUUAUUUAACUCGUACCUAACAAGUUUUAUUUAACUCGUAAACACACCAAAAACCCAUUUGUUCGGUCAGAUUCAUCCCACUUAGCCAGCGGAUUAUACGUUUUCAUAUUAACAUACAUACAUCAAUAAUAGUUUAAUCAUUUACUAAACAAUUUGUUACCUACUUAGCUACGCUCUUUCGCUCUCAAAAUUUAUGAACUUUCCUCUUAACUAGCAUACUUAUUAUUCCCACCUACAAACUUACUUGCAUUAUAUUUAUAUCAACAUGUAGGUAUGUAUGUAGCAGGCAGAUCGACAAACAAAGUAGGCUUUGAAAAGACAUCGAACUAUAUUACGGUGCAUUUAUUUUGCAUAGAGAAAUACAUGAAUAUUUUGUAUAGAUAGGUAUAUAGAGCUUUGACUCUUAGCAUUAAGAAAAUUCAAAUUAGGAGAAUAUAUGACAUUGGAGUGUAAACAUCGCUGGACCGUUUUCUUUGGCCCCAUACGUUCAGUAGUGUCCGAAAUUACCGCGGUGCAAAAUUAUUAGUUAUUAUAGUGUUUUUUUUUUAAUAAUUAUUGAAGUUUGUGUGAAUUUGUGAAAAGAAGAAAUAUAGCGCAAAGCGAAUUUCCGAGCAAACAACGGUAAGUUUUGAAAUGUUGAAGUGAAUUACAGGAAUGCAUGUGUUUCCUUAUUUGAAAAAACAUAUGGUGUACCACUAUUAAUGUAGGCUUUUUUUUUUAUUUAAUUUAUUCUUUUUUAAUUGAAAGAAAAAUGCCACGACCCACACGAGGAAAUAUAGGUCGACGAACGCAUCAUGUAAAUGCUACGGCAUUACAAAGGCGAUCACAGACUCCAGAUGAACGAGCACAAGCUAAUGCAUCGCAGCAUGAACGUAAUGCACGAAAUAGAUCUGUUGUACCUGAAAUUAUGCGUGCUGCUUUUAAUUAUAACAGUCAGAUCAACUACAGUAUGUACGGAUAUAUUGGAAUAAUGGACGCAAUAUGUCCACAUUGUGAUGCGGCUAAAUUUCCAGGUGAAAUGCCCGGCAUGUGUUGUGCUAAUGGCAAAGUGAGAUUGCCACCAUUAGAAACUCCACCCGAAGCAUUGUCUUCAUUAAUUUUUGGGGCUUCUGAAAAUUCGAAGCACUUUUUGAGUCAUAUUCAACAAUACAAUUCGGCAUUUCAAAUGACUUCUUUUGGUGCUACUAACAUUAUUAGAGAUAAUUUUAUGCCGACGUUUAAGGUAAAUACUUAAACAGGUUUGUCCCAAUCAAUCUGAAUCAUAAAAGUAUUCUAUAGUUUUAAAAAUUAUUAUGCAACAUAUACCUAAAAUUGCAU